UCCAGGGGGGCAGUAGGAUAUGUGUGUGUGAGUGUGUUUGAGGCUCAUCGAGCAGCAGGGGAACUUGAAAACUUCACUGCGUUCAGCGAGCGGAACACUCUGCGUUUUGGGAGCUGAAAUCUGGUGCUUUCAGUCCGGCUGUGAUCGACAGGAGGACCCGGUCCGGUUCCCAGCAUUGGAACGAUUUCCGGCCAACAUGGAUGAUUUAGACGAGCUGUGGCACGUUAGGAAUUCAUAUCAGCCGACGUGCACCUUGCAACACGUCAGAUUCAGAGGGAAGAAAUAAAAGGAAUGGAGGUAGAGGCGGAUGCAGAAAGGAGGUCAGAGAACACAGAUGCUUUGUUGGCGGACCUUGAGUCCACAACAUCCCACAUUUCCAAGCGUCCGCUCUUCCUGUCUGACGAGACCGCCUACUCCUUCCCUGUUGGGGGUCAGAGCCAGCAAGACCUCUCCUCUCCACCCCAAAUCCCAACCACUCCCUCUGAACUAAACGGAGUUGAUGAAACAGAGUCCUUCAGCUCAGCCCAGAGAAGUCCCUGGUCUAGAGAUAGCGGCAGUCCAAAUCAAACAAUCGGUGAAGAGGACCACGUAUACAGCUUCCCUAAUAAGCAGAAAAAUAGUGACUCAUCAGCUGGUGCCAUGAACUCAUCCUUGGGCAGCAACCUGUCUGAACUGGACCGCCUGCUGUUGGAGCUCAACGCUGUCCAGCAAAGCACCCCUGCCUUCCCCACAGAAGAAGAAGCAGCUCCCCCACUGCCUGCCAGCAGCGUCAUCCACCAUGUCCAGGAGAACGGAGUCUCUACUGCGGGCAAGGCUGGUCCCCCUGUACUGGAGAAGCCAAAGCGCAGUGUGCUAGCUCGGGGAAUAGAGGAUGUACGACCAAGUGUAGAGAGCCUUCUGGAUGAGCUGGAAAGUUCUGUGCCCUCUCCAAUUCCCACACCGUCGGUUGUGUCAGAAGAACUAACAGAUGGACAAGAGGAAACACCGGCUCAGCAACAAGCCAGAAUGUCUGCCUCCUCUGCCACACGAGAGCUGGAUGAGCUAAUGGCCUCCCUGUCUGACUUCAAAGUCCAAAGCAAUAUCCAGUCCCAGGGAAAGACCUCUCCUACCGGUCCCUCCAAACCGGCCAACAAGCUGGACAACAUGCUGGGAAGCCUGCAGUCCGACCUCAACAGACUCGGGGUCCAGACGGUGGCUAAAGGUGUCUGCGGAGCCUGCAAGAAACCCAUCGUUGGACAGGUGGUGACUGCCAUGGGCAGGACGUGGCACCCCGAGCACUUUGUGUGCACCCACUGCCAGGAUGAGAUCGGCUCCAGGAACUUCUUUGAGCGUGAGGGACAGCCAUACUGUGAGAAAGACUACCACCACUUGUUCUCACCACGAUGCCACUACUGUAAUGGACCCAUACUGGAUAGAGUAGUGACAGCUUUGGACAAGACUUGGCAUCCAGAGCACUUCUUCUGCGCCCAGUGCGGAGCCUUUUUCGGACCCGAAGGUUUCCAUGAGAAGGAUGGGAAGGCGUACUGCAGGAAGGACUACUUUGACAUGUUUGCCCCUAAAUGUGGAGGCUGUACCCGUGCCAUCCUGGAAAACUACAUCUCUGCCCUCAACUCACUCUGGCACCCUGAAUGCUUCGUCUGCAGGGAGUGCUUCACGCCAUUCGUAAACGGCAGCUUCUUUGACCAUGACGGUCAGCCUUACUGCGAGUCUCACUACCACGAGCGGCGCGGCUCGCUGUGCUCCGGCUGCCAGAAGCCCAUCACAGGCCGCUGCAUCACCGCCAUGGCUAAGAAGUUCCACCCGGAGCACUUUGUGUGCGCUUUCUGCCUGAAGCAGCUCAACAAAGGCACCUUCAAGGAGCAGAACGACAAGCCCUACUGCCAGGGCUGCUUUGUUAAACUCUUUAGUUAGACUGUGUGGUUGCGUUUAAAUGUGUAAGUACGCGCGUAUGCACAUUUCUGAAUGCACGUGUGGGAUGUGUGUGCACUCACAUGUCUAGCAUGAGUCAGUUUGACCCUCGACACCGAAAGGUCCUCUGGCUGUCCAACCUCUCAGGCUUGGCAUUUCACACUUUUGCUAAAAGACGUUUUGAACAGAGCCCAAAGAGAUUUUUAUUUAGAGUUCUUCUGUGCUAAUUUCCCCUUUCACGUGUGUACAUAAAUAAGCAUAUGGCUGUUGAGUUGAGACCUCAGAGCCCUGAUUUUGAAAAUGAUUAAAUUCCCCCAUAGCAGGGCAAGACUUUUCACUCUAUGGUGGUUUUAUGCAGAUAUGAGAAGCUGCUCAAUUGCAUGGAGUUGACUUCAGCAGUUUAUACGCAGAAUCUGUUGAGUGUUGAAUAGUGCUUGGCAAAUCAUCAGUGUUAGAAUGAUCUGUGAAAAAUAUGUAUUUUUCUAGCUUUGGAAACAAUUGAGGUGCCAUUUAAAAAAAUAUAUAAAUUGAAACUCUCCACAUGUAAACAGACACACACUGAACUCCUUUUUCACUUCUUUAAAAUACCAGUGUAAACUCUUUAAACACUCCAACACAGAUCUCUUGAUGAGACGUCUUAAGGUGCAUUUUACAGGUGUCGGCAAGAUAUUAGCUAGUCCUUAUUUUUCUACUGUUUUACUACGAAAAAGAACCCACGUGAUUUCUCAGUUUCAGAAAACAUUACAUUUACAUUACUCUUGUUAAUUAACAUAUAGAUAAGUUGCCAUUUGUUUCGCUGUAGCAACUCGGAACUGUUUCAUUUUUUGCUACCCCACCGCAAAGGGUGUGUUGUGUCAAUCACAUUAAUAACCAUCAAAAAAUGCAAACGGUUUUGACAAAAAGUAGGUCAAUAACAAAAACAUAUGUACCGUACUAUGAUUAUUAAAGUUGAACGUAAGGUGCAAGUUUUAGCCAACAUUUAUUUUUACUCCAGUUUUAAUGUGGAGAUUCUAUCUUCUGAAUGUAAACACACAGAAAAAGAAAAGAAUAAAUGACAGUUUAAUUUACGAUUGCUACUGUGUGAAUUUAUCACUAUUAAUAAGGCUGGUUUUAAAUACGGUUGUGCAUUUGGAUUAGAGGCAUGCUUUCUUUUGUUUGGAGUUUUAUCAGCAGUAGCUGCCAGUUGCUGUUACAAUCACAAUCUAAAUUUGUAUACCUGUAAUAUGCUCCACUUUGAGACAGAACUGUGUUUUGAUGAAAAUAUAUAUAUUUUUUGAGAUGUUGUGGCUCACACUGAUAUGCAAAGAGCUGGCUCUAUUGGCAUGUAGGCUCUCAAUAGUUUACCCUAUUCUUACACACACAACACCAACCAGCUUUGAUUCCAGUGUGUCAGACUUCCAAUGAAACGCAGCCCUUAUUAUUUUCUUUGUGAGUCCUAAACUGUGAUCUUGCUGUCUGAGCUGGAGUCAGCACUUGGCUCACUGAUGGAUGCAGCCGGGUGUUAGCUGGUCAGGAAUCAGAAUACAGGGCCAAGCCUCUAGCAACAUUGAUGUAUAACUCAUUUCAUCUUUAUUUUCCCUGUUGCUCGAUUUUGCCACAUAUAUGAAACAAUUGGCGUUUUGUUUUUUCGGACAAUAUUAAUUGUCUUUAUGAUCACUAUGCGUGUAUCCACAUUUGGAUUGUUUUUAUUUUGAUAAAAUGUUUGCUCUUGUGCCAAAUGUGACAAUGCAAUAAGGUCUUAUACACUGUGGUGGAGUUCUCAACCCUUCCUGUGAUUUGACUCUUUAUGGGCUGAACUCCGGGAGAGGCUUCGUCUGCUGCGGUGCAUCUUAACUCAUAAACGUUUACACUGUAAUAAACAGUUGAGUCAGAUUUACAGGAAGUAGCAGGGGGGAAGUGAACAGGAAUUGUGAGUUAAUGUUGCUCCAUGUAUAUUUAUCUGCUUACAGAUUAUUGCCUUAUUGUUUUUGCUUCUGUCAAAGAAUUCAUUAAAAAAAAAUCUACGCCUUUUAUUAAUGAGAUUAAGUGAAUUUGUAAAUGGAGACAUUCAUGUGAUCCUUUACCAUUUACAUUUUCUCACGAGCCACACAUUUUACUGGCUCUUUGUGUGGGUGGGGUGAAAGCCUAUGUGGGUCCUGAUUACUGACUGAUUAUUAUACCUGCUGCGAAUAAAAUAAGUACUUUA